GAGCCUUCCUAAACCCCAUCCUUUAAGUCCAAGUCUCCGCCCUCUUUCUCUCAUAUCUCGUUUGUCUCCGAUCGCCGGCAAUGGCGGCGACCGCGGAGACCAAAGGAGCAAGCGCUCUUAGGAACGCCUUCGGGAGCGUCCUUGGCGUCUUCAUCCUCCUCCUUAUCGGGGUUCUUGCCUUCUCGAUCCGCCUCUUUUCCGUUAUCAAGUACGAGAGCGUGAUCCACGAGUUCGAUCCAUACUUCAAUUACAGGGUCACUCAGUAUCUUACAAAGAACGGAAUUUAUGACUUCUGGAACUGGUUUGAUGAUCGAACUUGGUAUCCUCUUGGUCGUGUGAUCGGUGGAACUGUUUUUCCUGGGUUGACAUUAACAGCAGGUUCCAUGUGGUGGUUUCUGAAUUCCCUGAACAUUCCUCUAUCAGUGGAGACUGUCUGUGUAUUCACUGCUCCAAUUUUCUCAGCUAAUGCAGCUUGGGCUGCAUACCUUCUGACAAAGGAAGUCAAGGGCACUGGGGCUGGAUUGACUGCAGCAGCCCUAUUGGCAAUGGUGCCUUCUUAUAUUUCAAGAUCUGUGGCUGGCAGCUAUGACAAUGAAGCUGUAGCAAUUUUUGCUCUAGUAUUUACAUUUUAUCUUUAUGUAAAGACACUGAAUACAGGAUCACUCUUCUAUGCUACCCUAAAUUCUCUGUCAUAUUUCUACAUGGUGUGCUCUUGGGGAGGCUAUACAUUCAUCAUUAACCUUAUUCCUAUGCAUGUUCUGCUGUGUAUUUUAACUGGUCGCUACUCUUCACGAUUAUACAUUGCUUAUGCCCCUCUUGUUGUUUUGGGAACACUUCUAGCUUCCUUGGUGCCUGUGGUUGGUUUUAAUGCAGUGAUGACAUCAGAGCAUUUCGCGUCAUUUUUGGUUUUCAUAAUCCUUCAUGUGGUUGCUUUUAUUUAUUAUAUCAAAGGGAUUCUAUCUCCAAAGAUGUUUAAAGUGGCUAUGACACUUGUUGUAACAAUUGGCUUGGCUGUUUUUUGUGCGGUCAUAGCUAUAUUUAUAGCAUUGGUGGCUUCCAGUCCCACAAAAGGAUGGAGUGGGCGUAGUUUGAGUCUUCUUGAUCCAACUUAUGCAAGCAAGUACAUACCCAUCAUCGCUAGUGUUAGUGAACAUCAGCCGCCGACAUGGCCUUCAUAUUUCAUGGACAUCAAUGUUUUGGCAUUCUUGGUUCCAGCUGGUAUCAUAGCAUGCUUUUUGCCUUUAUCUGAUGCUAGCUCAUUUGUGGUCCUGUACUUAGUAACAUCAGUAUAUUUUUCUGGAGUAAUGGUGCGUCUUAUGCUUGUUUUGGCUCCAGCUGCAUGCAUCAUGUCCGGAAUUGCUCUUUCUGAAGCCUUUGAUGUUUUUACACGAUCAAUCAAACAUCAGCUUCCUAACUUACUUGAAAAUCCACCUGAUGCAGGGGAUAUUAAUUCUGGGAGUUCAAUAGCUCAAAAUGAUGCAUCGAAGAUUGAUAGCCAUGCAACAACUAAUAAAUCUGAAACAGUAUCAAAAGAAAGACCAUCAAGGAAGAACCGGAAGAAGGAAAAGGAAAAAGAAAUUGUGGAAAAAGUUCCUAGUAAGUCCGAAUAAAAAAGGCUGCUGGUAUUGCCCCUGGAAGCAUCUGCAGUUUCCAUUCUUCUCCUGAUUGUACUUGGUGGCUUUUAUGUGGUUCAUUGUGUAUGGGCAGCAGCAGAAGCUUACUCUGCCCCUUCAAUCGUUCUAACAUCUUAUGCCCAUGAUGGGUUGCAUGUGUUUGAUGAUUUUCGUGAAGCCUAUGCAUGGUUGCGGCAUAAUACUGAUGUGGAUGAUAAGGUGGCAUCUUGGUGGGACUAUGGUUACCAAACAACUGCCAUGGCUAAUCGUACUGUCAUAGUUGAUAAUAAUACCUGGAAUAACACUCAUAUUGCAACUGUUGGUACUGCCAUGUCAUCCCCAGAGAAAGCAGCUUGGGAGAUUUUUGACUCCUUGGACGUCAAAUAUGUUUUGGUUGUCUUUGGAGGUCUUGUUGGCUACCCAAGUGACGAUAUCAAUAAGUUCCUGUGGAUGGUUCGCAUUGGAGGUGGCGUAUUUCCACACAUCAGGGAACCUGAUUAUCUUAGGGAUGGGCAAUAUCGUAUUGAUGCUCAAGCGACUCCAACAAUGCUGAAUUGCCUCAUGUACAAGCUCUCUUAUUACAGAUUCGUGGAGACAGAUGGAAAAGGCUUCGAUCGAGUGAGGAGGACAGAAAUAGGAAAGAAAUAUUUCAAGCUAACACAUUUUGAGGAGGUAUUCACUACACAUCAUUGGAUGGUUCGUAUUUAUAAGUUGAAACCUCCAAAGAAUAGGAUCCGUGGAAAGUUGAAGAAGCCUAAAUCGAGUUCUAAAUCUUCUUCAAGCAAUCAAAAAAGGGCUCGAAAUACACAAAAGAACCCAUGGCAGUGAACUGAUUCCAAGGAGGAUGCUUAAUCAACUUAAGGAUUCUGUUCUAUAUGCGUGACCCUUGGGAAGAAUUUCAGGGAUGGUGCAUCUUUGGUAGUUUUGCAGGCACAGAUGGCUAGAAAUUUGAUUAAGAAAUUUUCAGUGUCCUCCCAUAUUGUAUACUAUCCCCUUUUCGGUUCCAUUAUUAUCAAAGGAUCAUUUUUUGACAGGUUACAAACAAGUAAUAUGGAAAUUUGAGCUGUUUGCAUUAUUUUUUCUAUGCAUUCAUUGAGUCAGUUAAGUUGUUUACAACAACUACAUACAAAAGAUAGCAGAACUGUCAAUG